UUAUUGAUCACACACUUUCAAUAACUUUCUUGGUUGUGCUAAAAGCCCCUAUGGAGGACAUGGUUUCUUACCGGGAAAUGGGUGAUGAUGAUUUGUUGGAUGAAAGCCUAAGGCACAUGAGCCAUUUCAAUGGAGAGUCGAAGAGAGAGGGUGGCAUCAUUGUUCAGCAAACAGUUUUCUCCAAUGAAAGUGGCAGCCCCUCUCCCAAUUCCUCUUCUUCCUCCCUUCAAACCAACUUCGGUGGUGCUGAAACAAGCUUCAAACCCUACUGGUCAUUUCCAACGAGUUAUGUUUUGUCUUUUGAUAACUGUGUUGCUGAACCAGUUUCUACAAGCACGAGACGAAGCCAUUAUUAUCGCAAUAUUCAACCAAUGGUGCAGCCACAAACAAAGACACGAAGAGCUCACAUAUUGGCCGAGAGAAAAAGAAGGGAGGAAUUGACUAAGCUCAUCGUGGCACUUUCAGCCACCAUUCCCGGCUUGAAAAAGGCAGACAAGGCCAGUGUGUUACGUGAAGCUACCAAUUAUGUGAAACAACUUGAAGAGCGAGUGAAAGAGCUAGAGAAUCAAAAGAAAAAUGAAUGCGUUGAUCAUUCAACAAUUCUCAUGAAGAAAACGUUACUGUGCAUGAAUGAUGGAGCUACUCUUGGAUGCGUGGAAGAACUACCCAAGGUGAAAGUAACUGUUUUAGAGAAGGAAAUGCUCAUUGAAAUCCAUUGUGAGAAACAAAGACAGAGUAUGCUCAAAAUAAUAUUAUUGCUUAAUAAUCUCCAUCUUUCUAUAACCAGUUCCAGCGUAUUGCCAUUUGGAACUUCCACUCUUAAAAUUACCAUCAUCGCUCAGAUGGAUGAUAAAUAUAACAUGGCAGUUGAUGAUCUAGCACACACAUUGAGACAACUGUUAUUGAGUUUGAAGUCACAGGAUGUGCAAAAGUGAUCCUUGCUUGUUGGUCAAAAAAUGACUCCGGAACGUUGCUGUACAUAUGGAAUUGGAAAGUGUUUCAAAAUAUUGUGGAAUGUUGAAAAACUACCGAGAGGAAUAAUGAAUUCGGUUUUGCUUGAGAAACAUUUUCGUUGAACAUUAGAGAUUAAGAAAUAAUUGAUCAAGUGAAAUAAUAAUGCAAAUUGAGAUGCUAACGGAAUUGCACAUAAGUGAUUACUACUUUCAAAUCAUUGAAAUAAGAAAACACGU